GCGCCGUUACUCUGGCAACGUUUGUAGCGGUUUACUCUCCCUUUAGCUCGUUUAUCAACUUCGUAGACAACUAAAUGUGAUGCCAAAAUUAAGCUCGGACACACUAUGGGAGCUGGCCGCGGCGGAGGUCCACAGUCGGGAGAGCGGAGGCGGAGAGGAGGACGGAGGGGAGACGGUCAGCGAGAGGAGCGUGUUCCUGAUGGGGAGCAAGGCUGGGGGUAAAACGUCCAUUCUGCUCAGAUGCCUCGACAGGGAUGAACCGUCCAAGCCCACUCUGCCAUGUGGUUUCGUCUUUCAGCCCAAAGACAUAGCCCACAUAUGGGAGCUGGGAGGAGGGACGUCUUUGUCAGACCUGGUCCAGAUCCCCAUCACUCCUGUCAGCAUCAGGUCUCUCUCUGUCAUCCUCAUUCUGGACCUGUCUAAACCCAAUGUUCUGUGGGGAACCAUGGAGAAGCUGCUGCAGGCAGCACAAGGUCAGCUGGAAAAAGUGUUUUCUCAGUCACAGCAAGCAGAGAAGUCCAAACCUGGAGCCAAACACCAGACGCCUGCCCACUCAGCAGCUCGUGUCUUACCUAAAGACUAUCCUGACAGAGAGCUGAUCAGCCCCUUCCCUGUUCCUCUGCUCAUCAUUGGCAGCAAGUAUGACAUGUUUCAGGAAUUUGACUCUGACAAGAAGAAAGUGGUCAGCAAAACACUGCGCUUUGUUGCCCACUACUACGCUGCCUCUCUUAUUUUCACCAGCAUCAAAUCAGAGAGUCUUGUGUCAAAAACCAAGAGCUUCUUCUCACACCUGGCUUUCGGUUUGGACAGAGGGAAAACUGUGUCGUGUGAGUCCAACAAGCCUCUCAUCAUUCCAGCCGGCUCUGACACCUUCAGCCAAAUAGGCUCCCCUCCCUCUGCUGAUGUGGACAUAACUUCUCUGCAUGCAAAGAACCCAAAGGACCUCUGGAAGAAGGUGUAUGAGCGUGUCUUCCCUCAGGAGAGUACCAGUGAACAGAAGGAGCUAAAGGAUCCAGGCAAAGACCCACAGUACAGUGAGCCUCAGAUUGAUGCCAUGAGAGCCCAGAAAGACCAGGAGCUGGAACAGUAUAAGAGGAACGCAGCAAAGUCAUGGAAGGGACUGGAGCUGGAGACAUGAGACAUCAACUUUAUUAAACACAAACAACAUAUCAUAAUGUACAUACAGUAUCACAUUUGUAUUAUUUAUGUACUACUACAUUAUAUUGCUUUUGUGUUAUUGCUUUUGUGUUAUACAUGUAUACAUCCAACUUUGUAAUUAAUGCAACUUUUAGUUAACAGAAAGACACUGUUUCUUUUAUAUCAAUAAUACAACAUGUUGUAGAAAAAUAAAGGAGUUUACAACUAUUA